AUGACUCAGCAAGAAUACCGUUCCCCCUCACAACGCUUAUCCAAGGGGAGGAGCAUGUCGCUACCCAAAAUAUUUGCUCGUAAUUUGAGAUCUCUGCAAAACAAUGCACCUCCUGGCAAAAACAUCAAUGUCAAUUGUUUGAACGUCAAUUCUUGUUCGUUGUCCGCAAGCCCAAGCUCACAAAUUAAUAUGGCUUGUAAUGGAAACAAGCAAGAUCUUCCCAUACCGUUUCCCCUGCAUGUAGAAUGCAACGAUAGCUGGUCAAGCUCCAAACUUAACAAGUUCAAAUCAAUGUUUAAUCAUAACAGAUCAAAGAGCAGUGGUACUACAGAUGCGUCAACUUCAGAAAAAGGUACGCAUAAGCGUGAACCCCGGUCGACGAUACAUACAGAGCUGUUACAAAGUUCCAUUAUCGGUGAGCCAAAUGUCCAUAGUACUACAAGUAGCACACUUAUACCCAAUGAGGCGAUAUGCUCCACACCUAAUGAGAUCUCAGGUAGCUCUUCUCCGGACGCGGAGUUAUUUACCUUUGACAUGCCCACAGACCCGUCAUCCUUCCACACUCCUAGCUCCCCAAGUUAUAUAGCAAAGGACAGUAGAAACCUGAGUAAUGGAUCUUUGAAUGAUAUUAACGAAAAUGAAGAGCUCCAAAAUUUCCAUAGAAAAAUCAGCGAAAAUGGCAGUGCCUCCCCCCUGGCUAACUUGUCAUUAUCCAAUUCACCAAUUGAUUCCCCAAGGAAAAAUAGCGAAACCAGAAAGGAUCAAAUACCUAUGAACAUAACACCACGUUUAAGGAGGGCCGCUUCCGAACCGUUCAAUACGGCAAAGGAUGGGUUAAUGCGGGAAGAUUACAUUGCCUUGAAACAACCUCCAAGCUUGGGAGAUAUUGUAGAACCGAGGAGAUCUCGUCGUUUAAGAACCAAGUCAUUCGGUAACAAGUUCCAAGACAUUACUGUCGAACCUCAAUCCUUCGAAAAAAUUAGACUACUUGGCCAAGGUGACGUAGGUAAAGUGUAUUUAGUGAGGGAACGCGAUACCAACCAGAUAUUCGCCCUGAAAGUUUUGAAUAAACAUGAGAUGAUCAAGAGGAAGAAAAUUAAACGAGUACUCACUGAACAGGAAAUUCUCGCGACAAGUGAUCAUCCAUUUAUUGUGACACUGUAUCAUUCCUUUCAAACCAAAGACUAUUUGUAUCUCUGUAUGGAAUACUGCAUGGGAGGGGAAUUCUUUAGAGCCUUACAAACAAGAAAAAGUAAAUGCAUUGCAGAAGAAGAUGCGAAGUUUUACGCCAGUGAAGUAGUAGCAGCUUUGGAAUAUUUACACCUACUGGGCUUCAUAUACAGAGAUUUGAAACCCGAAAACAUAUUACUGCAUCAAUCUGGUCAUGUCAUGCUUUCUGACUUUGAUUUAUCCAUCCAAGCAACGGGAUCAAAAAAACCCACCAUGAAAGACUCUACGUAUUUAGAUACAAAAAUUUGUUCAGAUGGAUUCAGAACUAAUUCCUUUGUUGGUACUGAAGAGUAUUUAGCUCCAGAAGUAAUCAGAGGGAAUGGCCACACUGCAGCAGUAGACUGGUGGACUUUAGGAAUAUUGAUUUACGAGAUGCUAUUUGGCUGUACUCCAUUUAAAGGAGAUAAUUCAAAUGAAACAUUCUCUAACAUUUUAACCAAGGACGUCAAAUUUCCACAUGAUAAGGAAGUUUCGAAGAAUUGUAAAGACCUGAUAAAGAAACUACUAAACAAAAACGAGGCAAAAAGGCUUGGUUCCAAAUCAGGAGCUGCAGACAUAAAGAGACAUCCCUUCUUCAAAAAAGUUCAGUGGUCGUUCUUAAGAAACCAAGACCCCCCUCUAAUACCUGCAUUAAAUGAUAACGGCUGCGAACUUCCUUUUAUAUUGUCUUGCAAUAAACACCCGAAAAGGAACUCAGUGAGUGAACAGGAAACCAAAAUGUUCUGUGAGAAAGUUGCAAACGAUGAUGAAAUUGAUGAGGCUGAUCCAUUCCAUGAUUUUAAUUCUAUGAGUUUAACGAAGAAAGAUCACAAUAUCUUAACCUACUCUGAAAAUUAUACCUACGGAAAAAUUCUAUACAAAGCAACUUGUACAAGGCCAAGGCAUAACAGCUCACAUAGAAGUUUCUUUAAAGACAUCAUACCUGAACUAUAA